AAAUCCAAUCUUCAUCCAUUGAUCCUCCCUAGGGUUUCGAUCCCAACUAGUUCAAGCUCUCUCUCUCUUUCUCGGUCGCCAUGGGAGACUGGAUGGAGCUCGGCCAGGCCGUCUUCUUCGGUGUCAUUCUCUCAUUCAUCGUCGCUAAGCUAAUCUCCGUCGUCGUGUCUUUGAACGAAGAUCGCCUCACUGGAGCCGCCGACCAAUCUGUACAACCGACCUCCGGCGCUUCUGAGGUUGCCAAGCCUAGGGUUUUGGAGGAAGAUGCAGGGGUGUCGGUAAAGGAGGCGUCUUUGAGAGGAGAGAGUGAUGGUGAUGAUGAUUGGGAGGGGAUUGAGAGCACAGAGCUUGAUGAGGCGUUCAGCGCCGCCACGACCUUUGUGGCCGCUGCCGCCGCUGACCGGAUGGCCUCCAAAGUCUCGAAUGAGUUGCAGUUGCAGCUCUAUGGGCUCUAUAAGGUCGCCAUUGAAGGGCCUUGUACAACGCCGCAGCCCUCUGCGAUCAAGAUGACAGCGCGCGCCAAAUGGAAUGCAUGGCAGAAAUUGGGUGAUAUGCCUCCAGAAGAAGCUAUGCAGAAAUAUAUUAUGCUUGUCACAGAGCUGUAUCCUAAUUGGGCUGGCAAUUCUAGUUCAGCUAGAGACGAGGGUGCUGUUGGUUCUGCGUCUAGCUCUGAUAAAGGACAUAUGGGCCCGGUUUUUAGCAGCUUUAUUUAUGAGGAAGAGGUUGAUAAUGAUUUAAAGUUAGAUGCUAUUCAUGUUUCUGCUAGGGAAGGAAAAAUGGAAGACUUGCUUUCCUGCAUUGAGAAUGGAGUUUCAAUAAAUUUGAGGGACAGUGAAGAACGGACUCCUCUUCAUUGGGCUGUCGAUCGUGGCCAUUUUGAUGUGGUAGAGAUUCUUAUUCAUAGGAGUGCAGAUGUAAAUGCGGAGGAUCAUGAAGGCCAAACUCCAUUGCAUUAUGCUGUUCUCUGUGAGCGCGAAGCCAUAGCGAAGCUGCUUGUUGAGCACAAUGCGAAUCUUAACUUGAAAGACAAAGAUGGCAAUACUCCGGGUGACCUCUUAGGAUCGUCGUGGGUGUUUAUGAGCUCUCCUAAUUGAAUGAACACAAAUUUGAUUGUUUUACUUCUAGUUUCAUUGAAACUACGCACCAAUUUCUUUUCCUUUGUAUAUGAGAAG